AUGGCCCCUGGUCCCAGGUCCCCCUGCGCUGCCAUGGCCCAGCCAGGCGCCUCCCUGUGCAGUGCACAGAGCCUCACCUCUGCCGCAAGGGCCGCCCUGCUCCUCAGCCUGGUCUUCGCCUCCCUCCACUCGGCUCACUGGGCAGAAGCCAGAAAGAGCAGCAACUCAACCUUGACUGCCCACCACCCAGACCUGGGGACCCUGGAGCAGUGCCCCAAUGUUGAUUUCUGCCCCCAAGCAGCCCAGUGUUGUCACGUUGGAGUGGAUGAAUACGGCUGGAUUGCAGCGGCCGUGGGCUGGAGCCUCUGGUUUCUCACCCUCAUCCUGCUCUGUGUGACCAAACUGAUGAAGCUAAAUCCAGAGGAGCCCAAGGACCUGCAGGUGUGA